CUUUUCCUCCAGACUCCUCAGUAGGAUACAAACAGCCGUCCCAGUGUGUUGCCUCUUUGGCUCUUUCUCGACGUCUACGAUUCUAGUGCUUGUUUUUAGUCCAUCAUUUUACGUGUGUGUUACCUCGUGCUCUCCCUGAUCGAUUUUUUAAAACUGUGGUCGUGUUCAAAGAUUUAUUUUCGAUCUGAUUGCUUAGAUUUCAAGUAUUUGAUUGCAUCGAAGUUGCGAGUGCAGUUGUAUUGCAUUCUCUGAGUAAAAAAGUUUUGAGAAAAGGAAAUUAGUUGCAAACGAGAAGAAUAAAAUUGUUGUUUUAAGAUUGAAAAUCGCACAGAAAGCGCCGGAGGAAAACACCGUUAUCAAGCAUAUUAGAUACGAUUUCCGUCAUAGUGGUUCUACUUUCACGAGAUGAAUCUCGGCCAGCUCAACAAUGAUCAGAAAACUGUCUUAAAACAGUUUCGCGAGGCGGUUCAAGAUUGCAAACUACCAGAAUCUGAUGAUGUCUAUCUACUGCGAUGGCUUGUCGCUCGCGAUUUCGAUUUGGUCAAGGCUGAAAAGAUGCUCCGGAAUUCGAUGGAAUGGCGCCGCAAAUACAAAGUCGACGCCGUUCUACAGGACUACGAAAUGCCGGAAGUGUUGACCAAGUACUUUGCUGCCGGCUACAUUGGUGUGGAUAAAUUGAAUAGCUACACGGUGGUCGUUCGAUACGGAUUGAUGGAUUUGAAGGGCAUCCUACUUUCAGCCAAGAAGAGAGACUACCUUACGUACGUGAUUGAAAUAGUUGAGAGGAGCUUCCAAAGAGUUCGGAAUGAUCCAAAAAAAUUCAAGCGUUCUCCCGAUGCCAUUGCCCAGUCAACGGUUAUCUUUGACAUGGCCGGUUUUUCAAUGCGCCACAUCACGUACAAACCAGCCUUAGACACGGCCAUUCAACUGGUUCAGCUGUACGAGGGAAACUACCCGGAACUGCUACGACGUGUCUUCAUUAUCAAUGCCCCCAAGAUUUUCUCUGUCCUUUUCUCUAUGCUGAAACCUUUUAUGCACGAGAAAACCAGACACAAAAUUCAAAUUUUUAGCCAUGAUGCCAAACAAUGGAAGGCAGCCCUCCUGGAAGAUAUCGCCGCGGACCAAUUGCCUGUUUGCUACGGAGGAACAAUGACUGAUCCCGAUGGCAAUCCCAACUGCAUCACAAAGGUCAGUAUGGGAGGUGAAGUACCCAAGUCUUACUAUCUAAAUGGAAAAUCUAGCACCAACGACAAGAAGUGCUUAUUUAUCCCAAGCGGUUCCAAAGAACAUUUGGAAUUUCAAGUUAAAAACGCUGGAACUGUAUUAAAAUGGGAUUUCCAUUCGGAAGAGAGUGACAUCGCUUUUGCCGUGUACAGGAAGCAAGGCAAUGAAAUGAUUCCCGUCGUUCCUCACGAUCGCGUCGAUUGUCACAUGUCUCCCGAAGAAGGCGAAAUCUAUUGCGACUACGCUGGUGUUUAUGUCGUGGAAUUCGACAAUAGCUUCAGCUACCUUCGUUCGAAGAAGAUUUGGUAUUCGAUCACCGUUGAUCACUCGUCCAAACCGGUCUGCUUAAACGGUAACAAUUUGGAUUACUUGGAUGCGGAAAUUCAAGCGAAUCAAUAAUCUCCAUAAUAAAAUAAUUGGGUAUAAUGGACUACAUAAUAAAAAUUGGAAAAAAGAAAUGAAUGAAAUAGAUAUUAUAUUUUUUUUUCCCUUGUAUAACGUUGGACAAAUACAUCAUCGUUUGUUAUUUGCCAAAA